UAAUGCCCUCCUCUGGCCUUUGCCAGCAUCGAGCACACAAGUGGUGCACAAGCAUCCGUGUAAGCAAAACACCCAUACACAUAAUACAAAAAUGUUUUUAAUUUUAAAAUCUCUAAGAAAGAAGCCCUGAACUAAGGCUCGGUGGAAGGACUGAGGGAAUGUUGGGCUUCAGCUGGGUGCAGUAUGAAAGCAAGUUAGUAUCUCCUAGUGUGGCAGCACAGCCUUUAAUCCCUGCACUAUGGAGGGGGGCAGUACAGGUGGAUCUCUGGGAGUUCCAGGCCAACAUGGUCUACAUACAGAGUUACAGGACAACCAGGAAUACAUAGGAAGAUUUGUCUCAAAAAAAGGCAACUUAGUAUCAAAAGAAAGGCAGAGUCAAGUAAAUUUCUAGGGUGACCAUCUUAAACAUGAGACGAGGAGACCCCGGGAGACUGGCUGACUUGUCAAGAAUCUCUGGCAGUAAUGGCUGAAGGUGCAGAUUUCUAGACUCCCGGGGCUCCCUGAAUUAAUUUUGGGUCUCCAUGCACUCAGAAAUGUGUCACUCUGGACAAAUGUUUCAGGAUCCCCACAUCCAGUCAUCCAACCCCAUAUAGGGUCACUGCUCACAGGAGAAGCUAGGGUUCAGUGGUUGGUCACUCUGUGAUUAUUUGCUUGUAUUCUCAUGACCCUGGAGUCUUUGGAAGUAGAAAGAGGGCAUCAGAUCCCCUGGAACUAGAGUUACAGACAGUUACAAGCCUCAGCAUGGGUGGUGGGAACUCAACCCAGGUCUUUUGAAAAAGCAGCCAGUGUUCUUAAUUGCUGAGCCAUCUCUCUAGCCCUGAAUUUUUAUUAAUAAAGUUGGGGUUAAUAAAGAUAUUUAAUAUGGGAUUAAAGACAAAGGUUAGGAGAAGGGCGGAUGAUGUGGGAGUGUCAUAUAUCAAUCUGUUGAUUUCAUUGGUUAAGUAAUAAACCAACUGCUUGGCCUAAUAGCUUAGAACAUAGGUGGGUGGAAUAAACAGAAUAGGCGGCUGGGCGGAAGAGGAAGUGAGGUCAGACUCUGCUCUGCUCCCGGAGAGACUCUGCUCUCCGGAGCACAGACACCAUGCUCCACUCUCCCAGGAUGGACAGAGGCUAGAAUCUUCCCGGUAAGCGCACCUUGGGGUGCUUACACGCAUUAUUAGAAAUGGGCUAGUCCAGGUGCGAGAUUUAGCCUGUAAGGGCUAGAGUUCAUGGGCCAAGCAGUUCUUAAAUGAAUACAGUUUGUGUGUUGUUAUUUCGGGCAUGAGCUAGCCAAGCGGCCAGGGUGUUGGGGAUGCAGCCCCGCCACCGCCCCUAUUUCAACAGGCGGAGUCACAGGAAAAAGUAAAGCACACCUAAGAGCAUGGCUAUGGGCUUCUCGAAGAAAAGCUGAGGAAAGUAAGAAUGAGGUGUGGGCAUGGCUCUCCGGCAGAGAGUUGCCUUUGCUUUGUUUGUUUAUUUAUUUUUCAGCAAAGCUAACAAGCACAGGCAUCUACCUUUACAGUUGUAGUCUGGUCGGGUGUUUCCCUUAUCAAAUUCCCUCCAGAUCAGAAAACUUGAGUCCACCCCAGCAAAGGGGUGUUGAAAGGGCAAUAAAUUCUCUCCCUGGAAGAGCUACCAAAAGGAAACAAUAAGAUAGGAGCUGGGAGCAGAUGCCAAAGCUGUUCCCUGUAAUAAGAAUGAGAUGGACAUCACCCUUUGAAGGAUUGACUCCAAAAGGCAAGCGACGUCAGGGGAUCCAGGCAAUUCUUUUGAGAGGCAAUAAAUCCCAGGACUUUGGAAACCUCCGAACACAGCUGAAUUAGCAGGAAGAGAGGAAAAUUAGAGUUGGGGAACCAGCCUCUCCAAAUAUUAAGAGUAAGGACUCACCCAAGGGCUCUUCCUGUCUCUUUGGCCUCAGCGGCAGAAGCCAGAUGACAAAAGGAACGUCAUCCUUUGGAAAGUGUCGCAACAAGACGUGCACACGUUGUGCUGUGGCGCUGGACCACCUUCAGAAGUCUACCUGUGGCAAAUGCGGCUACCCUGCCAAGCGCAAGAGAAAGUAUAACUGGAGUGCCAAGGCUAAGAGACGAAACAUUACCGGGACUGGGAGGAUGAGGCACCUAAAAAUUGUCUACCGAAGAUUCAGACAUGGAUUCCGUGAAGGAACAACCCCUAAACCCAAGAGGGCAUCUGUUGCAACAUCCAGUUCAUCUUGAGGAUUUCAAUCUGUCAUAAAAUAAAUGUUCUGGUUUCCAAAAUGGAAAAAGAAAAGAGCUCACCCAAGGCAGUCCCCAGGAGAAAUCCGAUUUUUACGCAUUAAGAAGGGGACAUUCUACUGACUGGUCUCUUCUCACCCCUACAGGCCACACGGGCUGAGGAGAGAAUGGAAGGGAGUGUUAAGGUCUCAGUCAGUGUCUUAGGAUUUCUGUGGCUGUGAUGAAACACCAUGACCAAAGCAACUUGGGAAGGAGGGGGUUUAUGUGGCUUACACUUCCACAUCACUAUUCAUCAAAGGACGUGUGACCUCCCUCCCACACCCACACGUGAGUAC